CUGCCAGUUUAAUGUUCGCUCUGCGCCGCUUCUCCACCCGGGGACCCAUUUUGAUUUAAGUCCACGACACUUUUUUUGUGUCUCCCCGAAACUUUGAAGCCCGUUCAAGACAAUUAGGACUACUGCUGCAGUUUCACCCCCCUCCCCACCUCUCCUGAGCAACGUUCAAGUGACAAGCCAUGCUACUACCCUCGUCACUACUCCUCCUCCUUGGCCUCCUCAGCUGGAGUCCCAGUGCAUCACGGGCCGCUAAAGUGAUCGUGGUCCCGCCCAUCAUGUUCGAAUCGCACCUCUACAUCUUCAAAACGCUGGCCACAGCGCUGCACCAGGAGGGCCACGAGACCCAUUUCCUCAUUUCAAAGGGUCGUGAGGUGCCCCUCUCCCCUCACUACCACUUACAGCACUACCCAGGGAUCUUUAACAGCAGCACGGCGGACAAUUUCCUCCAGUCCAAAGUCAGCAACAUCUUCUCAGGCCGCCUGACAUUUCUGGAACUGUUUGACAUUCUUGACCACUACUCUCAGAACUGCGAUGCUGUUGUUGGCAAUGUCGAGGUGAUGACCCGCCUCAGGGAGGCCAAGUUUGACCUGCUGCUCGUGGACCCUAACGAGAUGUGCGGUUUUGUGCUCGCUCAUAUCCUCGGUGUGCAAUAUGCUGUGUUCAGCACAGGCCUGUGGUACCCUGCAGAGGUGGGUGCCCCGGCUCCGCUCUCAUACGUGCCCGAAUUCAACACAUUGCUGACAGACCACAUGUCUCUGGUGCAGAGGAUCACCAACACAGCGGUUUACCUGGUGCAACGCUUUGGAGUCCAUUAUAUUGCGUUACCCAAGUAUGACCGGAUUAUGAAGAAACAUGGGGUGAAGCCUCAAGUGGCCAUGGCUGACUUGGUGCAGGGCAGCCGGCUGUGGAUGCUAUGCACUGACAUGGCCCUGGAGUUCCCCAGGCCCACCCUGCCAAACGUGGUGUACAUAGGAGGCAUCCUUACCAAGCCCCCCAACCCACUGCCACAGGAUUUUGAGGCAUGGGUGAAUGACACAGCGGAGCACGGCUUUGUGGUGGUGUCGUUUGGAGCUGGGGUCAAGUACCUUUCCCAGGAUAUUGCUCACAAACUGGCGGGUGCCCUUGCCAGGCUGCCCCAGCGUGUCGUCUGGAGAUUCUCUGGAGUCCCACCAAGUAACCUCGGCAACAACACCAAGCUUGUUGACUGGAUGCCCCAGAAUGACUUAUUAGGCCACGCCAACACCAGGGCCUUCCUGAGCCACGGCGGCCUGAACAGCAUCUACGAGGCCAUGUACCAUGGGGUGCCGGUAGUCGGCGUGCCCCUGUUCGGAGACCACUAUGACAGCAUGACUCGUGUGGCCGCCAAAGGUAUGGGUAUCAUGCUGCACUGGAAGUACAUGAGCGAGGAUGACCUCUACACAGCCCUGACCAGCGUCAUCACAGACACCAGGUACCGCCAGCAAGCACGUCUUCUCUCCAACAUUCACAAAGACCAGCCAGGCCACCCUGUGACCAGGGCCGUCUACUGGAUCAGCUACAUCCUCCGUCACCACGGUGCCAACCACCUGCGCUCUGCCGUAUACGAGGUGUCCCCCUACCAGUACUUCCUGCUGGAUGUGAUUUUCACCAUCGUGGCUGCUCUGGCUCUGGGCUUCUUUGCUCUGCAACGGUUGGUCCGAUUGCUGAGGGGGAACGCCGGGGACCAAAGCAGAGGAGGUGGCCUCACCAGGGAUGAUGGUAGCAUGGCCAACGGACACUGCCAUAGCGAGAGCAUGGCCAAUGGGAAACACAAAGGCAAUGGCUCCUUGAAAAUCGAGAAGAAGAUGAAUUAGUGUUUUGAAUGGCCAAGAGGGACGAGGAAGAAGUUUCCCCAAGGACUCAGCUCUAGGAUUGGUUUUAUAAAAGCUUUGAGAGAAAGCUGCUCUUAGGUCGAGAGGCAACUGUUAUUCAGAGCGAGCAAGAAGCUCUAGAAGGAUACACAAUGCAUGGUGUGGGGGACAGAGCAAGGCAUUGGGUGCUCAAAACGUGUGUGUGUGUGAAUAUGUGUGUGUGGGUGUAUGCGUGUGUGUGUGCACUGAGGCAAAUUUAACGAAAAGACUCUAACAACAACCGCAGCUACAGCAAUACAACACCAAAUUGGAAAGUCAACAGGAAAGACACAUUGGAGGACAUUGUUGGUUCACGUGUGUCUUCUCUCCUGCAUGUUCUCCGUUGUCUUCCUGCCUUCCUUGCGCGGUGGAAGGAUGAUGGAGAGGGGAAAAUCCUGUGCGCCAACCCCUCAUCCUCAGAACAAAACAAGAAAAACAAACAGAACUUUUGAAAUAUUUGGGAUUUAGUGUUUUUAAUUGCAAACUGUGCUUCAACACUGCUCUGGCAAACUGUAAAUAGAGGACAAAUCUAUUUAUUACUAUUAUUACAUUUUAAUGACAAAGCUUUUUAACUUUUAUUUUAUUUUUAAUUUAUUUCAUCUAUCAGUGUUGUGAUGGCAUGAAGGUAGAUGUGCAUUCCUUUCUCUAAGCUAACUCUGUGCUUCAUAUUGAUACUGACAGCAGCGGUCAUUGUAAGUCUGCACAGG